AUGAACUACAUACUCGACAACCCCGAAGGUCCUCACACAGAGUUCGACUCGUCGGAAUCCCUACGGGGAUACCGGGUAGUCAAGUGCGCGAACCAGUUCUCCCUGGAUUUCCUUGCUGGAUGCGUCGCUAAGAUCAGCGACACUUUUGUCGGCUUGAAGCUCAAGCUGAUUCUAGCUAAGGACAUUCCAAGGAGACCACGUGCACGCAUUUGGCUGCCUCCGAUGGAUGAACCAGGCGAAAAGUUGCUGCGGUGUCUUAAGCUACAUAAUAAAGACAUACCGGCGAUCGAGGAAUGGGAGCUUAUAAAGGUUGAAGAGCCAAGAAGGCCUACAAAUAAGCCCAUUCUGCUAGCUAUUUGCGCAGAAUCACUGGACGCCUUAGAGAAGGUUGACUAUCGGCUCUGCUUCGGUAUCCGUAAGGCUAGAGUGCGGGUAUUGCUCGGAGAG